GUGUUAUGCCCCCCCAUGUGAGUUGAUGCAAACGAUCCGACGAUUCCAUAAAUUCAAUUCAUGAACAUUUUGACUUUUGAAUGCGCGCCAAAGCAAGUUUUCUUCCACUUCGACAUAUCUGACCUGGGAAUACCUUCAUAUACUUCCUUUAUUAUUGUUACCCAUUCUUGACCUCUUCGUCCUCUAUUGCUAGGCGUUAUCAGCUGUUAUCCAUUGCGAAUCCUUCUUCCUAUAGCUAGGGACUUGUAAUAAGAUACCAAGCAUAUCGGGGCUGAUAGAAACCGCCGUCAACAAGAUCUGCUCAGCCACUCCUCGUCAUCGUCUGUACUACAGAAAACAACCCUGAAAUACCACCAGAGGCAUCUUUCUACUUCAAACAUCACAACUCAUCACAAUAAACAUACAACGCUACAAACAAAGCCUUCUGUUAAUCAACUCAAAAACUUCACCCUGAGCUUUUUCUUCCUAGAUUUUGAAGCUAAAAUUGGGAAAUGUCCUUCAAGGGCUUUCAAAAAUCCCUGGUUAGAGCGCCUCAAACGUUCAAAGCCAAGUUCAAUCUAGGGGAACAAACAAAAGAUGCCGUCUAUAUUGAUGCGGAACGGCGAUUCCAGGAGUUGGAAACCGAGACGAAAAAGCUACACGAUGAGAGUAAAAAAUACUUUGAAGCUAUUAAUGGCAUGAUGAACCAUCAGAUUGAAUUCUCUAAAGCGAUCGCCGAAAUAUACAAACCAAUUUCAGGAAGAAUGUCCGAUCCAGAUUCCCUGGUUCAAGAAGGGAAUCCAGAGGGAAUCAGGGCAUGCGAAGAAUACGAAGAAAUUUGCAAGGACCUCUUGGCGACCCUACAACCAGAGCUGGAAAUGAUUGAGACAAGAGUGAUUCGACCUGCCGAUGAAUUAUUAGAGAUUAUCAAGGUGAUCAGGAAGACUGCGCUCAAACGCCAACACAAGCAAUUAGAUUAUGACAGACAUCGAGCUACACUCAAGAAACUACAAGACAAGAAAGAGAAGACUUUGAAGGAUGAGAAAGCUAUGUAUAAAGCGGAGAAUGAUGUUGAACAAGCAACUCAAGAGUUCAAUUAUUAUAAUGACCUCUUGAAGGACGAGUUACCCAAACUUUUUACGUUGGAGCGCGAGUUUAUUCGUCCGUUGUUUCAAUCGUUUUACUAUAUGCAACUGAACGUCUUUUAUACCCUACACGAGAGGAUGCAAGGAUGUGAUAUUGGAUACUUUAAUCUCCAGCUUGAUAUCGAGGAAGGUUUUGAGGCGAAACGAGGCGAUAUCCGAGACCAGGCAGAAGCCCUUUCCAUUGUGAAGUUUAAGACGACAGGUGCCAGACGUCCACCAAAACCUCUUGCUCUCGGUGGACCCAACCGUCUUGCCAUUGAGAACAAGCCAUCUACAUCCACAGCGCUGACUACGACUCCAAACCGCCGCGCAUCUACUGACUUCUCAUCAUCGGAAAAGCCACCACCACCUUACUCUUCGAUGUUAUCUCCUACAAAUCCUGGCAACAGCGUGAUGCGAUCGGCGUCGACAGGUAGUUCGUGGGGCGCUGCCGCUAAAGCGAAAAAAGCGGCACCUCCACCACCAAAACCAAAGCCAUCGAGACUCAGCGGUGCACCAGCAGCGGAGACUGCUACCGCACUGUAUGAUUAUGAGGCACAAGCAGAGGGUGAUUUAAGCUUCAGUGCUGGAGAGACAAUUGAGAUUGUGACGAGAACUAGUAAUGAGAACGAAUGGUGGAUUGGAAAGAUUCACGGAAAACAAGGGCAAUUCCCUGGAAACUAUGUCAAAGUCAACUAAGAUUAUAAGCCUGAAUCCUUAUCAAUACCCUUACAUGGCAAAACUUUUGAAUCAUCAUAUUCCCGGGGACCUUUUGGGAUUGCGCAUUUAGACAAGUAACACUGUUUACUUGAAAAACAACACGGUGCAUCGGAGUAGGACUUCGGAGCAGAGGAAUCGACGGACAAAGACACGAGUGUGAAUCUGAGCAUGUACUUACAUACCAAAUAACUAAUACGAUGCUUACUUUCUGCUAAAUGAAUUGAGAGCUUGCAGUCAAGCCUUCUUGGCUGAUAUGACAUUUUUCUGUUUGUGGCCAUUUGAGCAGCACCGAUAUGCACGAAGAGGAUUUUAGUGUUGCGAAAAAUGCUUCGGCCUCAAUUACGUUGAACAUCCCCGGACAAGAGCAGGCAAGAGCAUACCUACCAUGCAAGUAAACAAGAUCGGUAUUCUUUCAUGGAUACCAUACCCUCCAUCGGCACAUGCAUUCAUUAUACAAGAUCAGUUUCGGCUCGGUCAUUCGUGUUGUGUAAGUGAGAAUCUGGGCGCACACGACAUACGGCUACACGGCAUGAUUUGAUAUGAUAUGAUAUACAUAUGCGGAAAAUAUUUUUUCGGUUGAAAUCAAAACGCAGGUCUGUGAUAUGUGUGUGCGUGGUACGAAUGAGUAAUGGUAGGUAUAUAAAUAAAUGUGUGUAAAGUCGAUACAAAUCGAGUAUUUGUGUAUGAUUGAUUGGCGGUUUAUGGAGUUUGUUUGUGUGAUGGAACUGUAGUGUAGAUAGAUAGAUGACUUAUGAUUUAUCUUUAGAUUGGAUAUGAUACAGCGAAACUGAUUUUUUCUUAAACUUUUUUAAAUUUUUAAACUUUUUU